AUGAGGCUGAAAGGACAGAAGGGCAGGGUGGCCUCUGUGCCCGGGUCUGACUUGUGUCUGAUGCUCCCUCAGCUCCUGACGCCUGCCAACAUGUCCUGCCAGCAGAGCCAGCAGCAAUGCCAGCCCCCUUCCAAGUGCCCUCCCAAGUGCCCCACCCCCAAGUGUCCCCCCAAGUGUCCCCCAGUCUCUUCCUGCUGUGGUAACUCUGGGGAUUGCUGCAGCUCAGGGGGUGGCGGCUGCUGCCUGAGCCACCACAGGCGCCGCAGGUCCCACCGCCACAGGCACCACGGCUCUGACUGCUGCAGCCAGCCCUCGGGGGGCUCUGUGGGCUGCGGUGGCUCCAGCUGCUGUGGAGGAGGGAAUGGCCAGUCCUCUGGAGGAUCCUGCUGCUAA